AUGUCUCGACUGUGCUACUGGAGGCUUUGGGGAAGUCGGAAUAGGAGAGCAGUUAUCUUUGGGUGUGCUUGCUACUUAGAUGCUUUCAACAGUUAUCCGCUCCGCACUUGGCUAUCCAACGUUUAUCGUGGGCACGAUAACUGGUACACCAAAGCAACGACCCUUCCACUUGGCACCGUCGGAUCACUAAGGCCGACUUUCAUCCCUGCUCGAUGGGGGGGUCUUGUAGUUAAACUCCCUUCUGCAUUUGCACUUGAGGGCCAAUCUCCGUCUGGCCCGAGCAAAGCUUUGCACUCCUCUGUUACCUUUUGGGAGGCCUACACCCAUAAAAACUGUCUACCUGAGACUGUCCCUUGGCCCGUACGUCCGGACAGAAGGUUAGAAUUCUACCUAUUCCAGAGUAGUAUCUCACUGAUGGCUCAGACCCCCCACCCAGAAGGAGGCCUUCUUUGCCUUCCACCUAAGAUGCACAGGAAAAGGCCAAAGCCAAUCCCAGGGAAGAGUGAAGCUUCAUAG